AUGGCGCACCAAUCGCCUAUGAUCUCGAUACCCAAGAAGGUCACCGAUGAGGUCGACUGGACGACCCCAAUUCGGCAUCUCAUUGCCCAGUCUUAUGGCGAGAGUCCCGACAACUACGCGCAGGAAUGUGCUGCUCUUCAGCGGUGUCGCCAGGACGCCGUGCGCGGUGCUGGAAGCGAUACUACAGCCCGGGAUCUUCUCUACAAGUACUUUGGCCAACUCGAGUUGCUCGAACUACGAUUCUCAGAGAUCAAAGUCACAUUUCCAUGGAGGGACGCUUUCACCCAGAAACUAACAACCCAAACUUCUAUCGCAUUCGAGAAGGCCUCUAUCCUAUUCCAAAUCGCUGCUACACAUUCCUCUAUCGCUGCCUCUCAAUCCAGAUCAGACCCCGAAGGCCUCAAACGCGCAUUCUAUUACUUUAGGACCUGCGCGGGGAUGCUGAACUAUAUUAACGAGAACUUCUUGCACGCCCCCUCGACGGACCUGAGUAGGGAUGUGGUCAAGUUCUUGGUGAACGUGAUCCUAGCACAGGCGACGGAGGUAUUCUUCGAGAAGUGUACAGACGAGAAGAAGGGGAAUCAGUUGGUGAGCAAGGUGGCGAGUCAGACGGCGAGCAUGUACACAACACUGUGCGAGGACGUGAAGGAGUUUAUGGGCAAGGGCAUCUUUGACCGCAACUGGGUUACAUUGAUCCAGACCAAGUCCAAGUACUUCACAUCAUUGGCGCAGUACUAUCGCGGCUUAGCGGACGACGCAGCAGGAAAGCACGGGGAAGCCCUGGUGCGCUUCACCCAGGCAGAAACACUCGCCAAGGAAGCCAACCGACAGGCCACCGUCUUCUCUGCCGCUUUUUCAUCCACCAUGUCCCCCACUCUUCCUCCCGACGCAGGAACAACCCUCGUGGACCGCACUAAAGCCCACCUUGUCAUCUGCUCAGAACGCAAAGCAGAGGCACAACGGGAGAACGACUUGAUCUACAAUGCAGUCCUUCCUGCUCCGGAGGCUUUGCCACCCAUAGAUAAACUCGUUGUUGCCCAGCCGAUCCACAUACACGAAGUCUACGGUACUCCAGAAGUCCAGAAGACCAUUGGGCAGGAUAUCUUCCUCAGGCUCAUCCCGCUCAGCGUUCACGAGAGCGCCAGUGUCUAUUCGGAGGAAAAGGCCAAACUAGUGCGCGGGGAAGUUGAGAAAGCUGAUGCAGCAGAAGCUGAAGGCCGCAGCGCCAUCGAUGGCCUGGGCGUCAGACAGGGGCUCGCGAGAUUUAAGGCUAUGGCUGAAGGAGAGGUCGGUGGAGAUGAGGAGAUUCCUACGGAAGUCCGGCGCUGGAAAGAAGAUAUCACCGUCAUCGAGGAUCGCGAAAGCGUCGAGUCGCUUAUGGCGCAACUCAACAAACUCAAAGCCAGCGUCCAACAAGAUCUGGAAGGCGUUUCGCGUGAUCUCGAGAUUGAAUCCAAGGAAUGCGAGGUGCUUCGCGUCAAGUACGAUCAUCUCUGGACGCAGGGUCCCAGUGCGGGUCUUACCAAGUCUAUCCGUGCUGACCUUAAAUCGCACUUUGGAGCAUUGGAGGCUGCUUCAGCGUCAGACUCCCAAGUCGUCAACAUGUGGAACUCGAUCAAGAGCGAUAUCGCGUUGUUGCGGAGUCCGCAGUUGGAGCAGGUCUUUAGGGAUCAGGGCAGUCAGGAUGCGAGCCUGUUGGAUUUGGACGUAAGCAGCGAGGUGGAUGAAGCGAAGGAGCGCGCUAAGAUCAGGGGAUAUGUGGAUGAGAUCGAGGAUAGACUGAAGAGGGUUAACAUGAUCUCGCGCGAGAGGAACGAGGUCCUCAAGGAUCUCAAGGACAAGGUUCAAGCAGACGACGUAUCUCAUCUCCUUCUCUUGAACAAGCGCAACACUGGGAUCGAACCGACAUUGUUUGCUGCAGAGCUGGAGAAAUUCAGGCCAUAUCAACAACGCCUAGCGGCAACUGUCCAUCAUCAAGACGUUGCGAUCCAAGAGCUGACUGCGUUGUGGAAGGGGCUGAAAGACCUAGCUGGCCGUGGGCCUGGUGCUCGCAAGUGGGAAGAGCGGGAAAAGAAGAAGAAUGAUACUGUUCGUCGAUUCUCAAGGGCGAGGGACGUCUAUAUGGAGGUUCGCGAUGGGCUCACCAAGGGACUGCAGUUCUAUUCUGAACUCACCGAUUUAACUAAAUCUUUGAAAGACCACGCCCACUCUUUCUUGAAUGAACGAAAGGCUGAGAGAGAGGAUCUCGUAUCGAAGAUUGAACUCGAGAAGAAACUUUCAGGAACGAGCACGACGCAGUCAGCCCCUCCCCCCGUUCUUCCGGCGAAGCCACCUGCCCCUCCGCCACGCCCUCCGAGCAGCAGUCUCGAUUCGACGCUGGCGGCUCUGAGUCUAUCGUCUCCCCCACCACAGUCGCCGCCACCGCCACCUCAGCAACCGCAACAACAGCGAUGGUCUGGCUCGUACGGAGCUCCCCAGCCGUCGCCUCCUCCUCCUCAACCGCCGUCGCACUACCCUCCCUCACAAUACCAGCACCAUCAAUAUCCUGGACAAGCGCCUCCACCUCCUCCACCAGGACACUAUACUCCUGGACCAGCUUCAGCUCCUCCUCCGGGCCCGCCUUCACAUCUACCACCUCCACCUCCUCGACCUACUACACAGUCAUCGAUGUCACCCUCAGGACCAUCCGUUGAUCCUUACGCUAGCCUGUCAUUGUUUGGAUCUUCAUUCUCCUCUAACCCGAACACAAAUACCCCGCAGCAGCAACAGCAACAACAGCCCGGUGUUCAGACCCAUGGAUAUGGUCAACUUCCGCCUCCACCUCCUCCACCUCACCAGCAGCACCAGCAGCAUUAUCAGUACCAGCAGGGUCAAGGUCAGGGCCAACUUCCGCCACCUCCUCCGCCGCAGCAACAGCAGUAUCAGUAUGGUGGUGCUGGUAAUGCAGGAGGAUUCCCGCCUCCUCCGCCACCGCCUCCGGGAGGGUAUGGGUAUCAACCGCAGCAGCAGCCUCAGCAGCAGCAACAAUAUGGAUAUGGUGCGCCUCCUCCCCCACCGCCGCAACAGCAGCAGCAAUACCAUUCGUAUGGUCAGUAUGGCGGCGGGUACCAGCAGCAGUGAGCUACAUAUCGUGGUGGAGGUGCGAGUGCGAGUUAGCGCUUGAGAUUGGCAGCUGGACCGCUACAUGUAUGUUGUGUUUGUAUAAUUGGUAGAUGUAGGACUUGUUGCGAUGAAUUUUACGUUUCGUUUG